AUGGAUCAUGACGGGAGGUAUAAAGUUUGCCUUCCGUGGUUAGAUGGACACAUACCUCUUGCAGAUAAUAAAUCCUUGACAGAAAAAAGAUUAAAGAACACGAUAAGAUCUUUAAAAUCAAUUGACAAACUUAAAGAUUAUGAAAGGGUUUUUGAUGAAUGGGAACCUGAAGGGAUUAUUGAGAGAGUCGGCGAACCUGAAGCCUCUUCAACAUCGAAUGCUAGUUAUUUACCACAUAGGGCUGUAUUUAAAGAACAAUCUACUACGAAAUGUAGACCCGUUUUUGACGGCUCAGCUCGCACUCGAAACUCUGUUUCCAUUAAUGACUGUAUUGAAAAAGGCCCUAAUUUAAUUGAAUUAAUACCCUCAGUUUUGAAUCGCUUCAGGGUUGGAAAAAUAGGAGUCAUCGCUGAUAUUCGGAAAGCAUUUUUGCAAAUAUCAUUAGAUGAGCGGGACAGAGACUAUUUGCGUUUCAUAUGGUGGAAAGAAGGAGAUCAUAGAAAAGAGAUCAUUUAUCGUCAUUGCAUUGUUGUUUUUGGGAUAAACUGUAGCCCGUUUCUUUUAGCUGCAACUCUAGACCAUCACUUAGAACAAGCCCCUGCGCAUCUUGAAGAUCUAGCCACUAAACUAAAGAACUCGAUGUAUGUGGACAACUCCGUCACCAGUGUCGAUUCUCCUCAAGAACUGGACUAUUUUCGAAAUGAAUCUUGUAAACUACUCGCAUCAGCGAAAUUUGAUCUUAGAGGAUGGUGUAACAACAGCUAUUCCACUAGCAUUGCUGAAAAAGACGAAUUUCCAUUUGAAACUUUGAAUAUAAAAGAAGUACCUGUGCUAGGCUUGCUAUGGAAUACAGAAGAAGAUACUUUAACUUGUGAUUUAAGAAAAUUGGAAUUUAAGGAUGAACCUGUAACGAAAAGAAGUAUUCUCUCAUUAGCUCACAAGCUUUUUGAUCCAAUUGGAUUUACUGCACCAUUAACCUUGAUUCCGAAGAUAAUUUUACAAGAAUGCUGGAAAAUCAAAGUUUCAUGGGACUGUAAGUUGCCUGAUAAUAUUGUUAAAGAGUUUCAUAAGUGGAAAAAUCAACUUUUUGAACUGCAAAACGUGAAAAUACCCCGAAGAUUGAGUGAGUUCACACUCCAUUCAGGAAGUUUAUCUUUGCAUGUUUUCUGCGAUGCUUGCAAAAAAUCCUAUGCCACCUGUGUUUUCCUUAGAGUUAAAGUUGAGAGCGAUGUAACCUGCCAGUUAGUCCAGGCUCGAUCCCGAGUAGCUCCGUUAAAGAACAUAACUAUCCCUCGUCUAGAGCUUUUGGCAUGUUGCAUUGGAGCAAGGUUAGCAGAAUCCGUCAAAAAAGAUCUGAAACUCGAAGAUGUAGAAACUCACUACUGGACCGACUCCAUGGAUACCUUAUAUUGGAUUAGAACUGACGUACCAUGGGGUACAUUUGUGGAAAAUAGAGUCAGAGAAAUCCGAAGAUUAUCUUGCCCGAAUUCAUGGAAAUUUGUUCCUGGAAAUAAAAACAUCGCUGACUUACCAUCACGUGGUUGCUCAGCAAAAACUCUUCUGCAGUCUGAAUGGUGGAAUGGUCCUGAUUUUCUAAAAGAACCUGAAGAAAGGUGGCCAAAGAGCGAAAUAUUGCCAAAUAUCGAUACAAUCAAUGCAGAAAAAAGAAAGACUAUAGUUACUGCUACUAACGUAAAGGAGAGUGAAAAAUUUUACAACAAGUACUCAUCUUAUUUGAAAUUGUUAAGAAUAACCGGAUGGAUUUUUCGAUUCGCUGAAAAUUCAAAGAAAAGAGAAAAUGACAGAACCAUUGGAGAACUCAACAAUAAAGAAUUGAAAAAUGCUGAGAAAAUAAUUCUGAAAUGUGUCCAAAAGGAUGCUUUUGCCAACGAUGGGAAUAAGAGACUGAAUUCUUUGAAAACUAUUAUUGAUGAUGAAGGUCUGAUCAGAAUUAAAACUAAGGUAUUGAUGAGAGAAGAUGAUUUUAAUUUCCGUCUUCCAAUAGUUCUUCCCUCAGAUUAUACUGUGGUUAAAAACCUGAUUUAUUGGAAACAUAAGCAAUUAGGACACUGUGGAAUUCAAUUACUGAUGUCUACAUUACGUGAAGAAUUUUGGAUCUUGAAAAGUCGAAAAACUAUAAGAAAUGCCAUAAAAUCUUGUGUCAUCUGCAAACGUUUUCAUUCUAAACCUCCCAAUGUACCAGAUGGUCUUUUGCCAGCAGAUAGAGUGAAGGAUGCAGCCAUCUUUGAAAUUGUAGGUGCUGACCUGGCUGGUCCCCUCAUUCUGAAAGAUGGUCAAAAAACUUGGAUCUUGAUGGUGACUUGUGCUAUAUUUCGGGCUGUUCACUUAGAACUCUUGUCAUCCCUCUCUACUGAAAACUUAAUUUUGGGACUUCGAAGAUUUAUCUCACGAAGGGGAAGACCGUCAGUUGUCUACACAGAUAAUGGAACUAAUUUCGUUGGAACCCAGAACCUUCUAAGAAGCAUUGAUUGGGAAAAGCUUAAGACUGAAUCCAAUCUGUCAUCAAUUACCUGGAAUUUCAUUCCCCCGUCUGCCCCUUGGUAUGGGGGAUUUUGGGAACGUUUAAUUGGCAUGAUGAAGAGAAUCCUAAGAAAGGUUCUGGGUAGAACAUCAUUGAAUUACGAGGAAAUGGUAACAGUUCUCUGUGACUGUGAGAGUGUAAUGAAUUCACGCCCCCUGACUUNAUAA